AUGUUCUGCCUUCGGGCCCUCGCCCCCUUCCACCUGCGGGCCGCUCAUGUCACCUCCUCCGUCAGCUGGACGCAGAAGCAUAGCCCGGGUGACCACAUCCGCUGCAGACAUCCCUGCGCGCCGCGGCCACUCCGUGAUGGCGAGGACCGAAGAGCCACAUUCAAGAUGCCAUCUUCGACAGCCAUCGCUGAGUGGUUCAAUAAGAUGAGGAAAAAGGCUCGUCCUGUUCUUAUGAAAUGGCCGCGGAAGAAACUCUACCGCAAUUGUUCCUCGCUGGAUGCGGCAGAAAUCUCGGCCAAGGAGAACGAUUCGUUCAAGCCGUCACUCCAUCAAUACAGCACGAAGCGUUUAUCAGCCUCGGACAACGCAACCUCCUCGGAACAAAAGCGGCGCGUGAUGACGAAGCAGUGGCGGAAAUUAACUGCCCUGGCCGCGUUCUUUCCGAAGUGUCGGACGCCGAUCAUAAGGCGGGGAAAAAAGGAAGGUGCAUUAAACCUUCCUGAGACACGCCAUGUUCACAAACAUUACUGCUCAGCUACACCCUGUGUCAUUAUUAGAGAAGCGCUGUGGUCAACAUAUAACUAUUCACAUUGCACAAGCGUGAACAUGCUACUAGGAGUAGGAGACCCGUUCCAGGCGCGGACAUCACAUCCCCACAUAUGCGCCGUCAGGCAGGAAAUGCGAGGAAUGCCAUGCUUGGAUGUGCCUGUUCAAGGUCAUCAUUGGCAUCUGGCCCAAUCCCAGACGAAGCCAAGAUCGAGUCUUCGGGAUUUCAGCGGUGCUACACGUAAUGCGUGCAACAAACCAGCCAACAACCUGAACGGCCCAUUUGCCUUCAAGGUUGCCGAACCCACUGAAGUCAUCGAUGUGGCAGAUGUAGCAACCGCGAUGCCCUACAAGGCUCACAUGACGACGCGCAGCAAAGUGGAUCCCAAAAAUACUUCUGUUUACGGCGGUGCAGUCAUGCUCGAACCAGCAUACACAACCUGUGUACGACACUCAAGCGAGGCCAUCUAUAAUGGUUCCUUCGUCCCAAUGGUCGAAUGUGGAACAAGGCAACGCUGCGGCAAAGCUCUCGAGCGGAAACGUGUAUCAAGAACAUCGACCAGCUAG